AUGAAUAUUGCAAAUAAUAAUGAUCUCAAUAUAUUUGAUUUGCCCAAUGAAAUUUUACUUAUGAUUUGCAAGAAACUGAAUAUGGUCGAUGUUCUAUAUUCACUUGUCGAUGUUAAUGAACGAUUUGAUCAAUUAAUACUUGAUCAUCUCUAUAUUCGUCAUCUUAAUAUGACCACAAUGACCAUAAAAUCAGCAUUUGAUCGUAUCUUCUCAAUCAAUAAUCAAGUUCUUUCAAGAAUUUGUGAAAAUAUCUUCCCUCGAAUUCAUGAUCAAGUAAAUCAACUUACUGUUGACUCACAUUCAAUCGAUCGUCUUCUUACUUUUAAUUAUCCUCAACUUUAUUCAUUAUCACUUGUUGAUUUUCAAGAAAAUAUACUUCUACAAUAUUUAAAAGGUAAUUCAAAUCUCUAUAAUCUUCUUUCUGAACAAAUUACACAUCUCUAUAUUGAUAUUGAAAUAAAGACAAGAAAACCACCAUUGACUAAAAUUUUACCAAAGAUAUUUGUCUUGAUUUUAUCAUUAUGUAAACGAUUGAUCUAUUUAAAUUUAUGUGCAUCACCUCGUUAUCGAUGCUUGGCGAUUCAUUUUUUCAAACAAUCAUCAACAAGUUGUAUGUCUUCAACUUUAACUACAUUGAAUAUUAAUGUCGAAACAUUUGAUGAUUGUCUUUAUCUUCUUGAUGAACGAUUAAAUUCUUUAUUAACAUUGUUUAUUUAUGUAGUAGAAAUUUCAUAUAUAAUAUCAAACAUACAGAAUACGAAACAACUUCCUAAAUUGAAAUCUUUUUCAUUGGCUUCUUGUAGACAGACAAUGACUUAUAACAAAUUAAUUAUUCCAUUACUUCAUCGAAUGAUAAAUUUGGAAGAAUUGAAAUUAUUUUUAUUUGUAAAAAAAUUUGACUCAUCUUAUAUUGAUGGAAUUCAAUUACACGAUCAAAUACUUAUUUAUAUGCAAAAAUUAAACAAAUUUACUUUCAAUAUUCAUACAGAAGUUUUCAACAUAAAUAUUAAAACUGAUCUUCAAUCAAAUGAAGAAAUUCAACGUAGUUUUAUUGGAAGACAAUAUGGACAAGUUGGUUCAAUUGUUCAAACUAUUGGAACAAACGACGUAGGCACGUGCCAUGUUUAUUCACUUCCAUAUCAAUUUGAAAACUUUAUUUAUUUAAACAAUUCUUUUCAAGGUGGCAAAUUUGAUAAAGUUCGAUGCUUGAUGAUACUUGAUUUAAUAUAUCCAUUUGAACAUAAUUUCUUUCAAGUAAUCUCUCAAGAUUUUCCUUUUCUCAAAGAAUUAUAUAUAUUAAAUUCUCAACGACAACAAAAUAAACAACAUUCGUCUACAUUGAUUACAUUUCGUCAUGUUAUUCUUCUCGAUCUUGAAGUAGCACAUAUUGAUUAUGUUGAGCAAUUUCUCAUCGAUAAAAAUACUCAUCUACCUUGUUUGUUAAAUCUUAUCAUUGGAUAUGAAUCACUCGCAAUAGUUACAAACAAUUUUACCAAUGAUGCAGCACGUCUUACUUGUAGCAAAUUGAAAUGUCUUGAAAUUUCUGAACCAUUUGUUCCUCCAGAAAAUUUUCAUCAAUAUUUUCCUUUAUUAUAA